AUGGGUAAUGUCUACACAAAAAAGAUAUUUGAAGAAUUUCAAAAUGAGUACUUUCGAUCAAUUGAAUCGGACAUAGAAACAAUUGAAUAUGGCGAGGCUAGUACCAUUUACACAGUUGUUGAUGUUGGUAACAAACAUGCACGGAAAGUGAAGAUGGAGAGGGAUGGGUCAUUGGGUUGUAAUUGUACAAAGUUUGAAAGGGAAGGAAUCUUGUGCUGUCACUCAUUGAAGGUUAUUAGAGACAUAUUGAAGAUGAAAGAGGUUCCUCCACAAUACAUUCUAAAGAGGUGGACCAAACAAGCAAGAGCCAAAACUGUGAAGGACAUUACGGGGAAUGACAUUCAAGUAGAUGUGAAAUUCCAACAAGCCUCGUGGUAUAAGACAUUGAUGACCGCAUUUAGAGCACUAUUAAGUAGAGCUGCCGAAACCGAAAAAACUUAUGAUUUUUGUAUUUUACACCUUGCUACAUUAGGUGCAAAUGUUGAAGGCAAGUUAAGUGCUCAUUUUGGUGUUGGAAAUGAAGUAGGUAAUGAUGAUGACAACCAAAGCUUUGAAGUGGAUUGCGAAGAUGUGAAUCAUGUUGUGCAACCAAAAGGAUUGAAGAAAAAGGUGGCAACUAGUAAGGGCCAAAGGAGGGUCAAAGGUGGAUUCGAAGCGGCGUUGGUAGCGAACUCCAAAAAAAAAUCCCGUGCUAACAGCUUGGCUUCGUCACAAUCUAUUGCAAGUCCAACAGUUGCACAUUCUCCAUUAUCUGUUGGAGGAGAUAUCUAUGUUCGUCAACAUGUUCCUCCUCUUCAACCUCUUCCUCCCCUUCAUCCUCUUCCUCCAUCUUUGCCCAUGGGUGGUAAUUCUAUUCCUCCGCCAUUGAUGUAUCCCACAUAUCAUGCUAUGGACAAGCAGAAACAGAGGCAAACUGAUGCUGAAAUUGGGCUGAACAGUGAAGUCAUAGCCUCUAAAAUUGAUGGUUAUUCUGUCGCUGCUAGAAAGUGA